AUGCACUUCCCCAGCCUCUCCGCCCCUCUCCUCCCCUCCCUCCUUCUUCUCCAUGCCUCUGCAGCCUCUAUUCCCAGUCACAAUGUCCACACCAUACACCAAUUCCCCAAUCCCACCUGGAUCGAAAACAUCGCCACCCGCUCCGACGGCCACCUCCUCGUCUCCCUCCUAACCACCCCAGACCUCCACCUCACCAACCACUUCGCCUCCCCACCCACCACCACCCUCAUCCACUCCUUCCCUCCCGACCUCGGUCUCCUCGGCAUCACCGAGCUCAUGCCCAACAAAUUCGCCGCCUGGCUCGUCGACUUCAGCUCCACCCCCUCCACCAAAGCCGUGGUGUCCAAACUCGCCCAACUGCCCCCAGACACCGGCCUCGCCAACGGCCUCGCUACCCUCAACCCUCAUACCGUCCUGAUCACCGACAGCACGCCGGGCCGCCUGCUCUCCUACAACCUGCACACCAACGCCUUCCCCACCGUGCUCGCCGACGCGGCCACCAUGGCGCCGGCCCCGAACCCGGGCAACAUCAGCAUCGGCAUCAACGGGCUGAAGUACCGCGACGGGUUCGCGUACUACACGACCAUCUACAUCAGUGGCUUGUACCGCGUGCCCGUGGACUGCGCGACGGGCGCAGCGACGGGCGCGGUCGAGACGCUGACAACGGCGCUGGGCGAGGCGGAUGAUUUUGCGUUUACGGCGCGCGGGGAUGUGGUUGUGGGCACGGAUUCGGAGAACACGGUUUUGUUGGUGAGUCCGCCGCGAGGGGAGGGGAAAGGAGCGUGGACGGUGAAGACGAUUGCGGGGGCGAAGGAUGCAUUGACGGUGGCGGGGGGCACGAGUGUGGCGAUGGGGAGGACGGCGGCGGAUAGGGAGGUGGCGUAUGUGGUGACGGAGGGAGGGUUGGCGGGGCCGGUUGAUGGGGUUGUGGAGGGGGGGAAGGUUGUUGCUGUGACGGUUUAUUAG